CACAACACCACCACCACCGGCAACGCCUCCGUGUUCCACACUACUGCCAGCAGAUUCACCAUGAAGCGCGCCAACAGCACGGAAGCCUCGCCAAGUGCUAGCAUACCCAGUGUCCCACUGCCCAGGGCGCCCGAUCCCCAGGUGGACCCUGCCGCGUACCUGCGCAGCAUCUAUGCAGUGCGCGAGCGGACCAGGUUAGUGUUGGAAAAGGCGAAGAGGAACCAAUUGCGCCACUUCACGGUGGACAUGUCCAAGUUCCCAGACACGGCAGCCUACGUCGUCUCCAUCAUCAAGCGAGACUUUGAUCCCGACUACAGCAAGAUUCCUCCCCACGGCAGAUGGCAGCACUUUGAGGUCGGCGGCAUUCCGCGAAUCGACCAACUCAUGCGCACGUGGCCCAGCACAGUCGACGAUCGGGAGCGAACCCGACGCCUCAUUGACCUCUUCCUGGUUUCCGUCCUGCUGGAUGCUGGCGCAGGAACGAAAUGGCAAUACAAAUCAAAAGAGAGUGGCAAGAUAUACAGGCGUAGCGAGGGCCUUGCAGUGGCCAGUCUGGAGAUGUUCAAGACGGGCUUGUUCUCCAGUGCUGUAGAUCAGCCCUUCCAGGUCGAUAGCGACGGUCUGAAGAAGUUGACAGUUGAAAGCAUGGCCAAGGGACUGCAAGUGACUCCUGACAAUCCCAUCGAUGGACUGGAAGGUCGGACAAAUCUGCUCAUCAGGCUAGGAGACUCACUUCUGAAUCAGGAGAUAUUCGGUCCGGAGCACAGGCCUGGAGGCAUGCUCGAUUAUCUGCUUGGUCAUCCUACUACGCAUGCGGGAUCAACCCCAGUCGUGCCCAUCCCCACGUUGUGGGACACCCUCAUGAGCGGUCUCGUUAGCAUAUGGCCAGCCACGCGAACACAGAUUGAUGGCGUGGCACUGGGAGAUGCUUGGCCAUGUGGAUCGAUGCCAUCACAUCCCACACAGCCCUGGGAAAACAUUGUCCCUUUCCACAAGCUGACACAGUGGCUCACGUACUCGUUGAUGGUUCCUAUGCAGAAGCUGGCGCACGUGCAGUUCGCAGGUGUGGACCUCAUGACAGGACUGCCCGAGUACCGCAAUGGCGGUCUCCUCGUGGACACAGGCCUUCUGACCCUCAAGGAGGAGGAUGCGCAGCGUGGUCUGGAGCAGUACCACAUGAACUCGACGAGGAAAGGCCAGCCAAAUAUGGAGGUCGUCCCUCUGUUCACCGCAGAUGACGAUGUGAUUGUCGAGUGGCGCGCGCUGACUGUUGGCUUCCUUGACGAGUUGCACGGGGAAGUCAAUGCCCUUCUUGGACUCAGUGGAGACGAAAAGCUGAGCCUGGCGCAAGUGCUUGAGGCCGGCACCUGGAAGGGCGGCCGCGAGAUUGCUGAGGUCUCGAGACCCAACACGAAGGAGCCUCCAAUCAUGAUCUUAUCUGAUGGCACAGUGUUCUAGUGUAGCAGCCUGUGGACCGGUUGGAGCUAUGAUCCGCAGACAUGGAUAGUGGGCGAAGACGCCAACUUCGACCCACGGACAUGGGCGAGAAGGCAGUCCACCGCGAUGGAUGGCGCCCCGUCUCAGUCACGACGUACCAGUAAACAACUAGAGAGAGUUACAAACGCUCCGCAAGGCGACCACCCGCUGCGAGCGCACCCACCAAGACAUCGUAGCCUGACAGGCACCAGCUUCUUUACCACGUACGAAGGCCUUGCGACUUCGGAACCACUCAUGCGACAUUAACGGCCGAUGUGAUGCGACACGCUUUACGAAGUGCUCGGUACGAUGUACAUGCGGAGGUUCCACUUCAUGAUGGUUACAAAAAAAGAUGUUUCUGUAUCGUUUGCUGUACUUUCAGCGUCCCUGAUAAUGUGGAAUAUGGCUGUGCAGUCUGCCUGUUGGGCGAGGCGACCUUUGCAUUGAUAGAAGCAAGCCUAAAAGCAUUUUUUUUUAUAGAAUGAGGUCGCCAGCCUUUCGGAAAAUGAACAUGACGGCCUUUCGAUUCACCUAAAUUUGGAACCAUCUUUCGUCGAUUGCGCCGAGCAGACGUUUUCACAUGUGGAAUUUGGCAUUUCCGAGACACGAGCGUCUCAUUGAUACCUACCUGAGAAUCGCGUCCAUCGAUACCCACACUCACAUCCUCCUC